GUCUACUUUUAAUUUAUAAUAAUUUUCGACGCGAGUGUUGGUGUUAAAAUCUCGUAUCAUAGUUUUUUUAAAACUUUACAAUGUUUAUUCUUGUAUUAAGUGCAUAAAUAUUUUGAUGAAACUUUUUCGUCAGUGUAAGUGUUAAAUGCUUUCGAAAUGUCGAAGAAUAAGAUCGCCGCUCGUAUUGACAGUCAAAGUGUGGAAGUAAAGACUAAGUUUGAUGCAGAAUUCAGACGAUUCUCCUUAAACAAAUCAGAAAAACUGAAAUAUGAGGAUUUUAAAGCAUUAAUAGAGAAAUUACAUGGACUUCAUGAUGUGACCUUUUUAAUAAGCUAUACUGAUCCUCGGGAUGGUGACCUUCUUCCAAUCAAUAAUGAUGAUAAUUUGGCUCGGGCAUUACUUACUGCACGGCCAUUGUUAAGGGUUAUAAUUCAAAGAAAAGGUGACAGUCUAGAAGAACUAAAUGGCUAUGGUACGAUGCGACCUAGGAAUAUAAUCUCGUCGAUACUGAGUGGUACGCCAGCCAAGAACAAGGGCCUCGCUAUAUCCAACCCUCAUGACUUUAGAAUGGUAUCGGCAAUUAUUGAUGUUGAUAUAGUACCAGAAACAUGUAGAAGGGUGAAGCUGCUCAAACAUGGGUCAGACAGACCGCUUGGCUUUUUUAUAAGAGACGGAACCUCGGUUCGAGUGACGCCAAAUGGUGUGGAACGGUCCCCGGGGAUCUUCAUCUCCAGACUGGUGCCUGGGGGGCUGGCUGAGUCCACGGGCCUACUGGGAGUCAACGAUGAAGUGUUAGAGGUCAACGGAAUUGACGUUUCUAAUAAGACCUUGGAUCAGGUGACAGACAUGAUGGUAGCGAAUUCGUCGAAUCUAAUAAUAACGGUUCGUCCAGCGAACCAACGAGCGGGUCUACCGGUCGUUGAAGCCAGUCGCAACUCACAACCUUCGAGCGAGCCUGAUGAAGAUAGAUUCGACCAAGAAGACCAAGACGAGAUAGUAGACCUUACAGCCGUGACCCUGCAGGACCAAGAACACACUUACCAGCCUCUGGCAAAGGACGAUGGCCAGAUACUUCAUCUCUAGUACAUACUUCAAAGGUUUCGGAUGAAGAAAAGUGAGGGUAGUGCUAAUACGCUAAAAUGAGGGUAGUACUCAAUGAAAUGAAAUUGGUUAUAAGGCAUAGUAAAGCAAUUUUUGUAACAUAAAACAAAAGUGAUUAGAAGUGAUCAGCCUUAUUGUCAAGAGAUAUCGUCCAGGAAGGAAAGGAAAGGACUACGGGGAAGAGGAAAGGACUACGGGGAAAGUCACUGCAACUCUAACCCAAAAUAAGCUUAUCCAUGAAUCACAAUUAUUGUUUUAAAAUAAAUAUAUAAUUAAUAAAAAUAACCUUUUUCACAGAUUGAAUAUGGCAAUGAUGCUAUCUAUGUAAAUAUUCAUAAAAGCUUAGAUCGAAAUCAUCAAAGCAAAGUCAAGUCAAAUUGGUUAGUUCAAAAUUGUAUAACAUCUUGUGGACACGACCAACUAAUAUAAAAAUCAAAGGCAGUUCGCACACCACCAGUAUGUGGAUUGUGGAAUCAGCUCACUGAAGUAUUUCCGAACCAAUUCGACUUUAGGUCCUUCAAGCAAAUAGCGUUCCAAUUCUUAAAAGCCGGCAGCGCGUUUGCGAGCCUUCUGACUGUGCGAUGUUCAUAGGCGGUAUCACUUAACAUCAGGUGAGCCUCCUGCCCGUUUGCCGCCUGAAACAAAAAAAUCAUCUACUGCACUUUUACUCCAUGUUUUCCAGUUCAUGCUCAAGAAAACUGUGACUUUAGAAAUUCUUUAUUGCUGUGCUAUAUCUUAUGCCGUAUUUUGUUGUCCAUUUUAGGAUGAAUUUUGAUGUGUGUCACGUUUUUAGCGUAUUUGCACUUCUAUCUGUAACUAUGUCAAUACCUUAAAAACAGUUAAAUAUUGGUUUCUAGAUGUUUACAGUACUAUUAAAACGUAAUUGUUAUCGAUUCAAUUGAUUAACAUUUGGAAAUAUAUUAACUCCUUUCAAGUCAUCAAGUUUUUUAGUAACAGAAAUUGUAUUUGUUAUAAUAUUAUUGUCAUCUUGGAUUUCAAUAAAAAUGAUCGGUAAAUAUUACUGAAACAUUCAGAUUGUAUCAUCAUCGCAUUUAUCAUUGGUUAGAAAUGAAAAGUUCCUUUAAUGGCCUUAACGUAUUGAUAAAAUUGGUCAUAAUUUGAGAGAACUUAAAUAAGGUAUUAGUCUGUCCUUCAUAGACAAUAAAUUUAAUUAUGUCAAGCAUUCCAUUACUUUAUUAGUUUUCCAGCAUUCCAUCUGUUCUUACCCUGUGAUUCAGAAGCGAUACUUAGAUCCAAUUAUGACUCAAAUCAGAUACAUUUUUGGGGUCAUACUUAGCUCUAAGCACCGACUCGGAAGGACCACUUAGAAACGUAUUGUACUUAAGUAUUGUAUUAUACAGACAAUGAUGCUUUAGACUAAGACUUCACUUCCUAUGGAAGGUGCUAACGUUCAUGUUUUCGAGUUUAAAAUUAUAAAAAAGUAAGAAUUUAUAGUAAUCGUUAAUUUAUUAAUCAUGUUAGUUUUGCGAAUUUGUUAAUAACAUUCCAUUUAAGGUUAGUAGUGCCUUGAAUCUCUUUACUGUUGCCAAUCGAUUUGCUCGAGAUGUUUCGUCAUUGUUGAAGACAGUGUAUAGUUUGUGGCCUAAUAUUGUGCCUUGUGAGACUCCUUAGCAAUAAUUUAUAUGAAACAUUUUUACAACUAUAUAUCACAUAUUCUUAGUUGUUUUAUACAAAUUUAGAUUGUAAGAGGAUUUUAAUCACGUUAUCCAAAUAUUAGCGUGAACUGGAUGGGUUUACGAGAAUUUGUCAAUGAUGCUUUUAUAUUUAGUUUUACUUUAGUUUAGAUCAAAGCAUUUUAGUUUAGAGCUUAUUUUAGUAAUCACUAUAUACUCCUAAGAAUUUAAGGGUAACGCCACAUAUCAGUAAGAAUCGGAAAAGCAAUUGUUCAAGUACUUAUGUCAAUUAAAGUGUGAUUCUCUUACUUUAGCAGGCACGCAGCCAAGUUUGAUCCUUACGAUCUAGAUGUCGAUGUGACUAAAUAAAAGUAAAAUGAGGAGAAUCGAUGAAUACAUUCCAUAAACGUUUCGUUAUAAAAACGCACAGUUUUCAGAAACAUGUGCGAAGUUUUUUGUAUUCAAGAUUUUGUAAUUUUGUAGCUUUUUUUUUUUCAAGUAUUCUUUAUAAGUAUUACUAUCUCUACUGUGUUAAGGGCCUACAAUUAUUUUAAUAUUUUCAUUAAAUCAGAAGAGGAUCGCGUUUGUAAGAUUGUUUAACGCACGUUAAGCUUUUAUUAGCUGAAAAGCUUUAAUCUUUAAUCUGAUAAAGGAUCCGUUGUGGCAGUUAAAAAGGAUUUCACUUUCAGCAAUAAGUAAAGAAAAAUACAAAAUCCUAAGUAGGUAUUGUUUUGGUGGGUUGAGGGUCAAAGAUGAUAUUAGUAUGAUUUUAAAGAAAACUUAAAAUAACUGUAGCCCUUAAAUUAUUCAUUUAUUGUAUUCUAAAAAUCUAUAAAAUCUGGAGAAAACAUCACGCAUUUAUGCUAAUUAAAUCAGUAUUUAUUGUAUUAUCUGGAUGUACUUAAAAUUGAAAUUUUACAGUGGUUUUUAAUUGGCUCAAUAUAUUGGUCAAAAUAUAAGGAUGAAUAAACAAUAUAAUGUUUACUAGAUAUAUUUACACCUUAAUUUACUUGCGUUGUAUGUAAUUAAAUAUUCUUAUUGAA